AUGUCCUUCUUACGAAAUUUCUUCGGCACCACCGCCAUCCCAGCAAAAGACGAAAAGAAGCCUAUCCGGGCACUCCCCGCAUCCUGGUACACAUCCCAAGAGAUGUACGAACUCGAACGCCGAUCCAUCUUCUCCCGAAAAUGGCUCCUCACCACACACAAGCACCGCAUCCCCAACGCAGGCGACUGCGUCCACUACGACGCCGCAGGCUACGAGUUCCUCGUCGCCAAAGAUGACAACGGAGCCAUCAACGCCUUCCACAGCAACGACCUCUUCCCUGCACACGUACACAUCGACACAAACGGUUUCAUCUGGGUGAACCUCGACGCCAGCGAGACACCCGAAGUAGCAUGGAAAGACGACUUCGACGGUGCCGACGAGCAGCCCCGGUUCCAGCACUAUAACUUCGAAGACUAUGUCUUUGACCAUACGUGGGAUCAGGAGGGCGAGUUUAACUGGAAGAUUCUCGCGGAUAACUAUAACGAGUGCUAUCAUUGUCAAGUUGCGCAUCCGGAUAUUCCUACCAUCGCCGAUCUGAACUCCUAUUAUGUUCGGACGAAGGAUGGGCAUAUCCAGCACUAUGGGGCUCAGCGGGAUGAUCAGAUUGAGAAGGGAUUCCGCAUUGCAACGACGUAUUUCUGGCCGAAUGCUUCGUUUAAUAUCUCGUGGGUGGAUAUACGGUUCUUGGGUAUGAGCUCAUUGCUGAUGGUUAUAUCUUCUAGUCCUAAUUUCUUCUUUAUGCAACGCUUCACGCCAACGAGCCCGACGCAAUGUGUGAUGCGCUAUGAGGUCUACCGUCAUAAGCAUGCCACUGAUGAAGCUUUCAAUCUUAUUAGUGAUAUGUAUAAGCGUAUCAUGUCGGAAGAUAAGUAUCUGUGCGUGCAUGCGCAGAAGAAUCUCAAUGCCGGUGUGUUUGUUAAUGGUCAGCUUCAUCCGGAGAUGGAGAAGGGUCCGCUUCAUUUCCAGAAGACGGUGCGGGAGGUUGUUAUGGAGCAUUUUGCGAAAGAGGAGGUUGUUGGGCAUCAGAUUUGGCCGGCGAAGCAUGCUUCAAAGGAGAGUGUUGCUCGGGAGGAAGAUGAUGUUGCCUUUGGCGGGGAGUACAGCGUCCAGGUUGAUGCGUUCAAGGAUUCUAUGGGCUCUGGGCUUUCGACUGUCUCGACGAUUGCUGUUUAA